GAAGAAGCAGAAGAAGAAGAAGAAGCAGAAGAAGAAGAAGAAGAAGAAGAAAAAAAAGAAGAAGGAAAAAGGGAAAAAAAUGAAAAAAAUUGGGUAACCCCUGUAAUUAUACAUCAGCUGUCAGUAAAGCUACACACCGUCUUUUUCUGGCCCUGCUCUGGAUCAACACCAUUGGAAUAUUUUCAUCAUAUAAUUUCAAACCAGGGACGACAAACGGAAACGAAGACAUCGGUAGUGGGUGGGAACGAAACAACGUCAAGAAAUGGGGUGUCUAAAGCCAAACCCGUGGUUUAAAUGUAAUCUAAUGGUCUAUUUGUAUGAGAUUUAAAUCGUCCAAGAUAUCGUCCACUCUUGAAAGAGACGAAGCGCGUUGAAUUACACAAACAACUUGAUAAUGAAUAAGUAACAUAGAUACACGUAUCUAAUGGUGGAAAUGUAGUCUGCGUCGUAUUAACAUUGUUACUGGAUUGAUGUAAAUAAAAAUAGUUUAGCUAAAGAUUAACCUGACCAAGAUACGGUCGCACAACGAACGUGUUUUAUUGAAUUGAGGCACAACGGUAAAUUCUUCGAGACUAAUUGACCGGUGUUUAGUUUUAACUCAGCUGCGCCUGUAACAUGUUUUAUGAAAACAAACACUGAACACCAUCUUCACCUCUGCCCAUAACCCUCAAACCAAACAAACGGCUGAAACUGCAAUUUGUACACGAAAGACGAGAAGUAAAGCGAAGUCACAGACCUAUGGGCGGAUGAAAAUUAAAAGUCGACGGAAUGGAACUGAUGUUUGCUGAAUGGGAAGAUGGGGAGAGGUUCUCAUUUGAAGACUCUGACCGGUUUGAGGAGGACUCGCUAUGCUCCUUCAUUUCAGAGGCCGAGAGUCUAUGUCAGAACUGGAGGGGAUGGAGGAAGCAAUCUGCUGGACCCACAUCUCCUACUGUGAAGACAAAAGAUGGUCAGGUCAUUCCAUUGGUGGAGUUGUCAGCCAAACAAGUUGCCUUUCACAUCCCUUUUGAGGUAGUAGAGAAGGUUUACCCUCCUGUGCCAGAACAACUGCAGCUUCGAAUAGCAUACUGGAGCUUCCCUGAAAAUGAGGAAGAUAUCAGGUUGUAUUCGUGCCUGGCAAAUGGAAGUCCAGAUGAGUUUCAACGUGGUGAGCAGUUACACCGGAUCAGAGCUGUGAAAGACCCUCUGCAAAUCGGGUUCCAUCUCAGUGCAACUGUCGUACCCAGUCAGGCAGGACAAUCAAAAGGCACCUACAACGUGGCAGCAAUGUUUGAUCGCUGCCGCAUCACCUCCUGCAGUUGUACGUGUGGUGCUGGGGCUAAAUGGUGUGCCCAUGUGGUGGCACUCUGUCUCUUCAGGAUUCACAAUGCCUCAGCUGUCUGUCUGAGGGCCCCGGUGUCAGAGUCUUUGUCCAGGCUUCAGAGGGAUCAGCUCCAGAAAUUUGCCCAGUAUCUCAUUAGUGAGCUACCUCAACAGAUUUUACCCACAGCCCAACGACUACUUGAUGAGCUCUUAUCCUCUCAGUCAACUGCAAUCAACACUUUGUGUGGAGCUCCAGACCCCACAGCUGGACCUUCAGCUUCUGACCAGAGCACCUGGUAUUUGGAUGAGUCGACUCUGAGUGACAACAUCAAAAAGACACUCCAUAAGUUUUGUGGGCCUUCACCUGUUGUAUUCAGUGAUGUAAAUUCUAUGUAUCUAUCGUCGACUGAGCCACCAGCUGCUGCUGAAUGGGCAUGUCUGCUAAGACCUCUAAGAGGCAGAGAACCGGAGGGCAUUUGGAACCUUCUGUCGAUUGUAAGGGAGAUGUUAAAGAGACGAGACAGCAAUGCUGCACCGCUCCUCGAGAUACUCACUGAGCAGUGCCUGACAUAUGAACAGAUCAUCAGCUGGUGGUAUAGUGUUCGAACGUCGACAUCACACAGCAGUGCCAGUGGACACACUGGACGGAGCAAUGGUCAAACGGAUGUAGCAGCUCAUGCCUGUGCCAGCAUGUGUGAUGAAAUGGUGAUCCUUUGGAAGCUAGCAGUGCUAGACCCCACUAUGAGCCCCUGCAGGCGUCUGGAACUGGCAAGUCACCUGAAGCACUGGCACCUUAAAGUUAUAGAGAUAGUGAAGCGUGGGCAGCAUCGCAAGUCCCUGGACAAGCUUUUCCAGGGCUUUAAACCUGCUGUGGAGUCAUGUUAUUUCAACUGGCAAAUGGCCUACCCUCUCGAAGGUAUCACCUACUCUAGUCCUGAAAAGAAGACAACCACCUUCUUCUGGCCUAGGGGAAAUCAGCAACAGAGAGCACUAAGAGCCUCUGCAGGAUCUAUCGGGGAACCUCUUGUACCAGGAGGAGCAGAUUGUAAAGACAGUGGUCAGUUUCAGGAAGAGGUUGUUGUGAGGCCAAAGGAGACGACAUUAACCAAAAAGAGGCCUUAUUCAGUGAAUGGAGGGGGAACUACGUUGGUUCGUCUGGGAGGGGGGGUCUCACUGUCUCUAGAAGAUGGAGGAGGAAAAUGUUUCUACAAAGGAUCAGGUUCUACCUCUGGGGGUAAAUUCAAAUUUAUGAAGGGCUUUGGGAAGGGGGGAAUUUUUGGAGGAUGUAAAAAUAUCAAUGCCAAACAGAGAACCAGCAGUGAGGAUAGCUCUCUGGAGCCAGACCUUGCUGAACUCAGCCUUGAUGAUGGGCAUUGUCUGGCUUUGGGGGCUGAGGCAAGCAACACAUUCGAAUUUAAUCCCCCAGCACCAGAGGUGUUCCCUUCCCCCGGUCCACUGCGUCAGGACUCAUACAGUAACGCAUGCAGCAAUAAUAAGAACACAAUAUUAAAUUGUGAACAUAUUAGCCUAGCUUCAGAUGGCUGUCAUGCGGUAAAGACUGCGCCUCUCACAAUAUCUUUCAAAGAGACUGAUAUGGUGUUUGAUGUUUCUCGUCCAACAAAGAAUCAGCCAGAGCAGGACUUGGAACAGAACAAAGAUGGAAACUCGGUUAACAGUGAUGCGCUGUUAGACAGUUCAGGCAAUAAUUCAUUUUCUACCAAGCCCCCUCAAGGUCUUGUGGAGGAAAUAUAUGCUGGAACAGCAGCAGAAAAUAGAGCACCCGCAAUGUGUGGAAUUGCUCAGCAAGAAGCAGAUGGACUCCUUGUGUGUGAAGAUGACUACCAGGUUUACUACCUGAGCCCUGCUUCAGAAGAGGGAGCCGAUCGACAGCUGGUUGACAGCCACCAAGACGAGCCAGACAUCUUUGCAGGGAUCAAACCAUUAGAGCAAGAGGGACGCAUGGAGGUGCUGUUUGCAUGUGCUGAGGCUCUACAUGCUCAUGGAUACAAUAAUGAAGCAUGCCAACUGGCUGUGGAUUUGGCAAAGGAACUUCUGGCGAACCCUCCUGACCUUAAAGUGGAACAGCCACAGACGAAGGCUAAGAAGAAUAAAGUGUCGACUGGCCAUCAGACACAGGUGGCUACCAACACAUUGUCAAAAGCAGCCUUCCUCAUCACUGUCCUCAGUGAUCGACUGGAGCUCCAUAAUCUGGCCUUCAACACCGGCAUGUUCUCCUUGGAACUCCAGAGACCACCAGCAUCUACUAAAGCUUUAGAGGUGAAGCUGGCUUACCAAGAGUCAGAUAUUGUGGCUCUGUUGAAGAAACUUCCGAUGGGUCUCGUAGAAAUGUCCGUCAUCAGAGAGAGGGCUGAGCAGCUCAGAGAUGGAAACUAUUGUGGUUACAGACCCGUCCUUCCGCUCAUGUUGGCCAGCUUUAUUUUUGAUGUCCUCUGUGCCCCAGUUGUGUCUCCAACUGGCUCCGGCCCAACCAGUCGCAAGCACAGCAGUGAGAUGCUGGGGGAUGAAGAGCUUGGCUUUUGUGCAGCUGUUUCAGCACUAGGGAUGAAGACAACCGUGAGUGAGGCAGAGCAUCCUCUGCUUUGUGAAGGAACAAGAAGAGUUAAGGGAGAUCUUGCUCUUACCCUCAUGAUCACAUAUAAAGAUGACCAGAGCAAACUGAAGAAGAUACUUGAUAAAUUAUUAGACAGAGAGAGUCAGACCCACAAACCUCAGACCCUGAGCUCCUUCUACUCAAGCAAGCCUGCAGGGGGCAGCCUACGCAGCCCGUCAAAACAUGGCCCCUCAUCUUCCUCUGGAACCACUUUGGUGGCCUCUUCUUCCAACUCCUCAUCUGCUGUGGUUUGUGAAGAGCUGGAUGAACAAAAACCAGUACAGAACAGCGUUGCAGGACAGAGCACCAAUAAUUGUGUCACAGGAGGCAAUCAAAGUGACAGUCAAAAUGAGUCAACCACAUUCAAGCUUGACAACACUGUGCCGAGCCGAUUGGCACUUGGGGCACGCUGUGGAUACAGCCAACGCUGUUGGGGAUCUCCUGUCCGACAGAAGAAGAAACACACUGGUAACACUCUGGCAGGUAUGGCAAGCAUUGACAGCAGCGCUCCGGAGACAACCUCAGACAGUUCCCCCACCCUCAGCCGGCGGCCGUUACGAGGUGGAUGGGCAGCAACAUCAUGGGGUCGGGGUCAAGAUAGCGACAGCAUCAGUAGCUCAUCUUCAGAUUCGCUGGGAUCGUCCUCCUCCAGUGGAUCUCACAGGGCAGGGGUUGGUGCCAGAGCCAAGAGCACGGACACCAGCAGGUACAAAGGGCGUCGUCCAGAGUGCCAUGUUCCUCAUGUGCCCAACCAGCCAUCAGAGGCCGCAGCACACUUCUACUUUGAGUUAGCCAAGACGGUGCUCAUCAAAGCUGGAGGAAACUCAUCUACCUCCAUUUUCACCCAGCCCACUGUUAGUGGAGCUCACCAGGGGCCUCACAGAAACCUUCAUUUGUGUGCCUUUGAGAUCGGCCUGUAUGCUCUUGGUCUUCACAACUUUGUUUCUCCCAACUGGCUGUCCAGAACCUACUCUUCACAUGUUUCCUGGAUUACUGGUCAGGCAAUGGAGAUUGGCAGUUCUGCUCUCAACAUUUUGAUGGAGUGUUGGGAUGGUCACCUCACCCCUCCAGAAGUAGCAUCAUUGGCUGACCGCGCUUCACGGGCGAGGGACCUCAACAUGGUCCGUGCAGCUGCUGAACUGGCUCUGAGCUGCCUGCCUCAUGCACAUGCUCUAAAUCCAAAUGAGAUCCAGAGAGCCUUGGUGCAAUGCAAAGAACAGGACAACGUGAUGCUAGAAAAAGCAUGUAUGGCAGUCGAAGAAGCAGCUAAAGGUGGAGGCGUUUAUCCUGAGGUAUUGUUUGAGGUUGCUCAUCAGUGGUACUGGCUGUAUGAGCAUUCAAUCAUAGGAAACAUAAGCCAGCAAAGAGAGACUUCGGGACGGUGUGGGGCCAAAGGAUGUUCAAGCAGACGGACCCCGGAGACCAGCUGUGGCAUGUUCGAUGGUGGAACCAAUGUGGAGUCUACUGGGGUAGCGGUCACAGGUUCAGUCACAGCAGCAGCUGUUGUACCCGUUAUCACUGUGGGAUCGAACAUAUAUCAGUCCCAUGGCAUGUCAGGGCAGGUGAUGGCACAUGCUCAUACCCAUGGCCUUCGCCCAUAUGCCACCAUCCAGACCCACCUGCCCACAGUUUGUACCCCUCAAUACUUGGGUCAUCCACUGCAGCACACACCAAGACCUGCUGUCUUUCCUGUUUCCGCAGGUACAUACCCACAGGGUAUGCACCCAGCCUUUAUUGGUUCCCAUUACCCCUUUUCAGUGGCUACUGGUCCCUCCCCUUCCAUAACAGCAACUGCUGUGACCUUCCCUGCAAUCCCUGUCCCAUCUUUGACACAGAUUGGCUAUCCCUACCAUUCUGACACCAGUCUACCAAUCAACACCACUGUAGCAGUUGGAAGUAUCCAUGCUGGCUCAACCUUACAGGCCAUUCAGGGUUCCCAGCCAAGUCCAUUGGCUAGCACCUCUUACACAGUAGAUGAGGAACAUCACCACCAGCCAAUCAGCCAACAUGGCAUGCACUAUCUCCAUUCUGCCUAUAGAGUUGGUAUGCUAGCAUUGGAGAUGCUGGGAAGGAGAGCUCAUAAUGAUCACCCAAACAAUUUUACCCGAAGCCCGCCCUACACAGAAGAUGUCAAAUGGCUCCUAGGACUUGCAUCAAGGCUAGGAGUCAACUUCGUCUACCAAUUCUGUGUGGGAGUGGGUAAAGGUGUCCUGAGUCCAUUUGUUCUUCAGGAGAUUAUCAUGGAGGCUCUCCAGAGGCUGAAUCCUGCUCACAUUCACGCUCACCUACGAACACCUGCCUUCCACCAGCUUGUUCAGCGCUGUCAACAGUCAUACCUGCAGUAUAUCCAUCACAGGCUCAUCCACUUAACACCUGCUGACUAUGACGACUUUGUCAACAUCAUCCGCAGCGCCAGAGCUGCUUUCUGUCUCACGCCGGUGGGUGUGAUGCAAUUAAAUGAUGUACUGCAGAACCUGAAGAGAGGCAAACAGACUAAAGAGCUUUGGCAGCGCAUUUCCCUGGAGAUGGCAUCAUUUUCACCCUGAAUAUACGCGUCUGGGGGAAUCCAUUGAGCAUCAUUACUGCUGCUGGGCUGAGCCAGCCACAUCUACUCUUUUUGUCUGAAAUCUUGCUUUCAUCCCACCACAACCCCCAGCAAUGUAGACUGAGCAAACACAGCACACAGAUCCACUACCAGUCCCCGUUUUCUGUGUCUAGCAAAUUGUCUCUCACGGCAAUCAAAUCUAAAUGUAAAAUUGCAUUAUUACUUUUUUCUGUUUCCACUAAAAACCAUUAAGAGGAAGCUUGUUCUAUUUAUGGUGUUUUGUCAUUAUAAAUAAAAUGAAUGGGUCCUCCCUCUGUUUUGCAGUCAAGAGCAUUGUCCAACAAGAAGAAUAUAUGAAACUCUCACUUGGAAAAUACUGUGGUGGUUGUUGUUGUUGUUGUUUUUCAGGAGGGGGGCAGGCGGCAUAAGAAAUGGGAAAAUUGAUUUUUGUGGACAUAUAUAAAUAUAAUGGACGGUAACAACUGGAUGAUGAGACCUUUGUCACUAAACACUAACAAUAGAGCUGUUGGGAAUGUGUUGACAAGUUGUUUAGAAAAUGUAAUGACAAAAACAGAAAAUAAUUUGUGUUCACCGGAGGUGAAGUUUUUUAGGAUUUAGUACAGGCUACAUGUCAUUGCUCUGUAUUGUACAUGACAUACCAAAUGCAGAGACAAUGUGAUCGUCUCAAAUUAAAUAUACAUUUAAGUGCACCUUUGCAGUUGUGUCAGUAUAGCUUGAGAGCCCAUUAGAGGCAACUACUUCACUGAGCAAGAUUACCUCACACUUAAUUGUCAUUCCUUCCUUCAAGUUUAUGUUUGGAGCAGUUUUCGUUGCCAUCAGGUUUAUCUACAUUGCUGCCAAAGGUAAUGUUGGCCAUCAAUGAUUUUCAGGUGACAGACAGAUCAUUUGUUUAGCUUGUCUCAUGUUGUGCCAUGAACAACUGAUUCAAUUGCUAGACCAUAAACAAUUAUGGUUAUAGGAUUUUAAUAUAGGUUUUCCAAAAUGUAUGAAGAUAACAUUUUAAUAUGUAUUUUGUUUUUUAAUGUGAUUUUUUUUCAUGAAGACAAACAUUUCCUUUGUCAAGCUCAAAACAUGUAUUUUCUUUGUGGGUAUAUAUUCUAUUGGUCCCAACCUAACUCAUUGCUUGUUACACAAACACUCAGACUACGUUUAGAUGCAGUCAGUAACACUUUUAAAACCCGUAUAUUGGCAGUAUUUGUGUUUUUAAAGGUGAUUUAAACAUGCGCAAAAUCCCCUGACCCCCUUUUCCAGACUUGCCACCAGGAUUUUUUCUCCCCCGAGGCUUCUGGGAGGCUUUACCAAUAUUGGUGGGUGGGGCGGUCUGAGAAAAAUAAAUAAAUACAUUUUCAUGACUUCA